UCUUGAUCGCCCAAGAUAGUUAUGGCAGUGCACCAGCUCCAUCGCCUUCUUCGCCUCAUGGUGUCGCGGAAGGAGAAGAGGGUCUGUCCAAGACGACAGCCGGAUGGAUACGAGCGAGCCUACGGACCGAAGAAUUACGGAAAUGUAUUGUCGUCUACCGGCGCUCAACGCCAAGUAGGCCCAGCCCACACGAUUGUAUAUAAGAGACGGCGUUUUCGUACUCAAAUGUGGCAACCCAAUCGUUUCAUUCGCCAACUUCGAAAGACUAUUUGACCAUGCGCAACGUUUUGCUGCUCGGGGUUGUACCCUCGAUCUUCUCCGGUGGACUGGCUGCGUCUCUUCCCGUGGUCGACCUUGGAUAUGAGCUGUACCAGGCCACUGGUUUCAACGAAGCUGGAGGCUACUACAACUUCUCCAACAUCCGCUAUGCCUCGCCGCCCGUGGGGGAGCUGCGCUUUCGAGCGCCGGUGCCGCCCGCUACGAACCGGUCCGCUGUUCGCGACGGGCUUGAUUUCCGCAUCUGCCCUCAGGCACAGCCACUCUGGAUGACGACCUCGGUAGAAUGGCUCUUCCCGUAUCUCACCAAGGGGGUUUUGCCCAACGUUACGGGUCCAGCGGCUGUACCAACCGCGGAUGGCAGUUCUCCGGCACUGGCACGCGACAACCGAGAGAAUGAGGAUUGUCUCUUUCUGGACGUGCUAGUUCCCAAGAGAGUGUUUGAAAAGUCGGACCAGAAGGCUCCUGUGUUGGUCGAAAUACAUGGUGGUGGCUAUGCCCUUGGCUCCAAGUCCGAAUCGGAACCGCGUGGGCUCCUGCGCCGUAGCACUGAUUUCACAGAAGAUGGAAUCGUCUACGUCCGGAUGAACUACCGACUCGGCGCUUUCGGCUUCCUCUCAGGCCCGACAUUUUCAAAGGAUGGAACAGCAAACGCCGGGUUGCUCGACCAGAGGAUGGCCCUUGAAUGGGUGCAGGAUAACAUCCAUCUCUUCGGGGGGGACAAAGAUCGAGUCACGGUUUUCGGAGGAUCUGCUGGAGCCGGGUCGAUUAUCCACCAGGUCACAGCUUUUGGCGGCGAACAGCACAAGCGUCUUUUUCAGAGGGCCAUCCCGCAGUCUCCAGGCUGGAUACCUAUGCCGUCUGCGUUGGGACAGGAGCGAAGCUUCAAGGAGUUUUUGGAAGCCGCAAACGUUAGCAGCAUCUCAGAGGCGCGAACCCUCACUUCUGCGCAGCUCAUCCAGGCCAACGAUCUUCGCGUUUCUCUUGCCACACCAGGGACGUUCGAAUUCGGCCCUACGGUCGACGGCCAGCUGGUCCGCGACGACCCACGGGCACUACUCGAUAAAGGCCGUUUUGACAAAUCCAUCGACGUCCUGUUUGGGCACAACCCUAACGAAGGACUCGGGUUUCAUUCCCCAGUCACCAACAGUGCCGAGUAUCUUGAAGGGCUGCAAGCACUCCUCCCGCAUGCCGACGACUCUGUCAUUCGCUAUCUAUCUGAUACACUUUACCCGCCUAGAUUCAACUCUUCACUGUAUCCGGAUCAGAUGCGGCGGAUGGGUCUGACGGUUACCGAAGCCACCUUCACAUGCGCUGCUUCUGCACUUGGUCGAGCGUUUGCCAAAGCCGAUGCAAACGCAUACGGCUACAUCUUGGAGACCUCCUUUGGCCUUCAUGGAACUGACGCGCCCUUCAUCUACUUUUAUCCCGAGACCUCCACUGUCAAUGAGACCAUGGCCUCCACGCUCCAGGACUACAUGCUCAGCUUUGUCGUCAACGGGGUUCCCGACAGCGCCACGGGUAGGUUGGGGCGGAUGGUGCCGUAUGGCCAGGAUGGAAAGGUUGUACGCAUCACCGCGGACGGAAUUCUGCAAGGAAUUGAUCCCGCGGCCAACGCAAGGUGUGAGUGGUGGCAGCUUGGAUUGUAUCGGUAGAUGUCAGCUUUACGUCUGAUUAUCAAACUUUCGGACCACCCCAGUUUCAAGACGAAGAACAAACGCGUCCCUCAGACUCCUACUCUAAACAUCCAAUUCUGUUCUAUUUUUACAUAGGUUUCCAUUACAUAGAACGAUUUCCUCAGCAGGAGAACUUCACAAUCAGAUACUCAGAUAGUGUGAAGAUGACGUAGAUUGGGGCGUUU